GGUAUGUACGAUGCAAAUUUCUCUUCUUCUGAAGCAGCUUCUCUUGCAGUCAGCAGUGACCCUGCCGUGGGUGUCUGCCCCGGGCCGCCUCGGCAGGAGGUACGGGAGGAUCAGGCCUCACGGUCGCCAGCCCCAGUCUUUAUGCUGGACAUCAGCCACCUCGGUCCCUGCUGGAGACAGGACACAGCUGGGAUGGAGAAACAUGCCAGAGGUGCUUCCUGGAGUCGGGCAAGUCGGAAAUCCCAAACCCCUACGAGGGGCAGUGCCAAUUGCCCCAAAGUGACUGGGAGAGUCCGGGCUAGAGCAGUCCCUUCCCCAGCUGGAAAUCCCCACAUGUUUUCACAUCAGACUCGACACUUUGGCUCCUACUGGGCCAAAUCCCCCUGGCUCUGCCUCCUCAGUGUCGAGCCCUGGCGCAGAGCGCGCCGCCGGCUGCCGAGUGUCCCGGCGGGGCUGGGGACAGCCCGGCUCCUGCCCGUGCCGCCGGUGCGGUGGGAAGGGAGAGCUGGGCUCCCGACGGCACCCCCGGGAUUGCGGAGAGUGCCGGGCCGGUGGCUCGGCGGGGCCUGGAUCCGUCCGUGCCCGCGGGGUGUCCCCGGGGCCGCUCUGGGAUGCGGGACCGACCCGCGCCCGGCGCCGAGGGCUCGCCGCCUCCGUGAGCGCCGCCGAACAUGUUCCUGGCAGGCGAGGCCAGGGGAGAUGCAGAGAGGAGCGGGGCACUUUUCCAACAGCUCCUCCGCCGGGAGAGCCAGUGGCACGGCGCGGCGCCGCAGCCCGCCGCUCUCCCCGGCUCCCUGGAGGAGAAGCAGCCCGACCGCCAUGCAGCGAGGCAGGGUGCGGGCGGCGCUGGCGGCGCUGCUGGCGCUGCUCUGCGCGGCGCUGCUCCCGCUCCGCCCGGAGGCCGCCAGGGCGCCCAAGCAGCGGCCGGCGCGGACCCGGAGCUGCGGCGAGCGGCCCGAGGAGCUGCUGGAGCAGCUGUACGGGCGGCUGGCGGCGGGCAUGCUCAGCGCCUUCCACCACACCCUGCAGCCCGAGCCGCCGGGCCGCCAGCACAACGCCAGCUGCCCCGCCGGGACACGGCCGCCCGCAGACAAGAGGGUCCGGCUCCCCGUCAACCUGCGCAGCGCAUCGCCCUGGGCGUACAGAAUUUCCUAUGAUCCCACGAGAUACCCUAAAUACAUUCCCGAAGCCUACUGCCUGUGCAAAGGCUGCCUGAUGGGGAUCUUUGGCGAGGAGAGCUUGCACUUCCGCAGCACCCCGGUGUUCAUGCCCACGGUCAUCCUGCGCCGCACACCCGCCUGCGCCGGAGGCCGCUACAUCUACACCGAGGAUUACAUCACCAUCCCUGUGGGCUGCACCUGCGUUCCUGAGCAGGAAAAGGAGGCAGAGAGCGUCAAUUCCAGUAUAGAUAAGCAAGAAGUGAAGUUGCUGGUGGGCCAGAACAAGCCCUCAUCAGAAUGAAGAAUGUAUAAAAAGUCAUGUUUCAGUACUGGCCUCACAUCAUCAUCUCACCACCUCAGGAAACUGCACCAGAGCAGCAAACAGACUCACUUGCCCUCUUUUUUCUGCUUACAGUUAUUUCAGAUAGAAGAUGGAAAGCCCAGUCAUUCAGAUCAUUAGAGAUGGCAAUUAAUUCAACUUCUUUAGUUCAUGUAAACUUACUUAGUUCAUUAUUGCAGACUCCAAAGUAGCCUUUUUUUUUUCCUUUGAGCUGAACAUUUUAUAUUUGCUUAUUCACAGUGAAUUUUAGAAGAUGACGCAACUCUAAGACAUCGUAGCUAUUACUAUAACAGGCUACUGGUUGUAGAUAUUUUUAAGGAAUCUCUUAUAUUCUAUUUUUAGGUACCCUUAUAUAAAAAUUAAUGUAGCUGCUGUACAUGGGACAAAUCAGCAGUUAAAAGGAUAACUUCUCAGGCUGGGAGAGCCUCCCUUUAUACUGCAUAAACUCCAAGCUUUGCCUUUGAGCUGUUAUCUCUUUGGCUAAUUUAUAUACUACAGGAAGGAGAUGUUUCCUGAGUUGGAGUCAUUCAUGAAGCAAUAUUCUAUGUGCUUGCCAUUUUUAAACUUGCCAAAUUGCUAUGGGUACAAAGGUGUUGAGAAAAAACUUACUAGAAUAUUGUAAAAAUGCAGCAGACCUUCUUGAUGUGGACUAAGUCUAAUUCUCAGAAAAUCUAAGUUAGAAAAAACACAGUUUGGGUCCCAAGAAUUCUGUAUUUGAUUUCAUCCAUCACUGACCACUUAACUACUUUGUGAUAAAACUGUGCUCCAUGUAGCUGAAAGGCCAAAACCCUUUUUGUUUUAGGAGAGGAGAUUCCCUGUUAAAAAGUAAGUACCAAGGAUCGGCUUCAGCUCAGGUGUGCUGCGGGUGAGCAAGGAGGCUAGGUCUUAACUUCCAGAUCCUACAAGAGGUCAUUGAGUUGAGUCCCAGCCAACCCAAACUUGUUAAAUCAAGUUGAUUUUUAUAAUCACUGUUACUCAUUUCUCCUUAUGCUAUAUGUAAUAGAUGAUCACCUGCAAAAGCUGAUGCACUGUGGAUGAGCAGCCUUCCAUCUGUGGAGCCUACUGCUGAUGGAACUUGACGGCAGGCCCUCACCAGAAACCCUGCAUACACAAAAACUUGCAUUUCCAGAACAAGAGACUGACGUUUACUCAGCCUAGUAAAUGAGAAUCAGGAAUGACCAAGCAUGCCUUGCACAAACGUAAUUCCUCAGAGCCACACUCACCAAAACGGAUAAACCUCUGAAUGCAUAGCAGAGAAUCUCUUUUACAGAUGAAGGAUCGUGACUGCAAUAUUGUUACAGAACAAACAUCAUAUGCAGCAAUGUAUCUGCUACAUCACGAAUCUCAAAAUUUGCCUUAAUUCAUAGCAGAGAAAGCCCCUACACUAUACAAACACAGUCCUCUUUAGAGUGCUGUUGGAAGAAGAAUGGAAAGACUAUGAGCUAAUCACAAUUAACAAGUUGAAGACAGAAUGAAAGUUAUAUGACAACUCCAUGUCUUGUGCAUAAUUAUUGACUGUGCUUUCUCUGACUCAGUCUAGUAUAACAGUAUUUUUAUAGUGCAGUCUGUGAAACUUCUUACAAAGCCUAAAAUAAAUUUAAGAACUCCAGAAAUUAAUAAAGACUCCCAUCAUGAUGUCAGAUUGAAGUUUGUGGCUGUGUUUUGUGUGUGGAUGCUUUUCCUCAAUUCUCCAUGUCUUCAGACCCAUGUUUCCUCAGAUUGGGUGUUUCUAUCUCAACGGGAUCCUUAAACGUGAGUUCAAAGAUGGUCAUAAAACAUUUAUACUACUCAGAGAACAGCUAAUAGCCUGGCUGCUGCCAGCAAUUAUAGGUAGUUACCUUUUCCCCAGAGAAUGUAAAUACUUGCAGCAAUUACAACUUUUUUCCUUCCUCCUAAUGUGGAGGAACAUCUCACCCUCUGAGCAGAGAGCAAUGGUAAUCAGAGUGGCUCAAAAGGGAGGCUGACCCACAAAACUGGAGAAACACUGCACUAGGUGAUGUUUCAUUAGUCUGGUGCCUUCCAGUUUCACCAUUACAUUGUGAGGUUUUUCUCCACAGGUACACUUAAAGCAGUGUGAAGUUGAACCUUCAGUCUCCACGGCAUAGAAAGCAAAGUCUUUACCCUAACAGGCAAUAAAAUCACCCCAAACAACAGCAAAAUAUCCAACCAUGCAGCACUUAACUUGUAAUAAAUACCCAGAGGGGCUACCAGCUAAGUCUGGCCUAACACUCCCUCCAGCAGAACUCAUUGUCUGCCCACACACUUUUGUUAUACAAAUUUGUCUGCAACAAAUUAGUUAUUAGAGCACAUUAAUAUAUUUGCAUGAUGUGGUGGAAAAAAAUAAAAUCUCAUUUUUUUAUUGCAACUCUCCUGUCCUCCAGACAUAAAUCAUGGAGUCAUUUUGAGGUUUUCAAGUAACUAGAGCAUGUUCAAGGAAUUCCUGAGAGGUGCAAUCUAAAAUCAGGUAAAUGGAACAAACAGUUUCUCCAAUCCAGAAAAGCAGAUGCUUCAGAUUAUAGAAAGUUUCAGAAAUUGGAUGACUGAAAGUAGUGGAGAACUGCAAAACUUCCAUUGGUUGAUAGAGCACUUUUGUUGGUGACCUCCUUCUCAUCAUACUGCAACAAGUGCAGAAAGUUUCCCAUGGUUCAGGCAUCUUUAUGUGAUUUAUUGUUCAUUCAGAAGCACAUUUUCCCUUCUUAAUCCUCCUUUUCCUCUGUAACAGACUUUUUAGCUGAGCCAAUCUGCUUCCUGAUCCAGCUUUCCAGUUAGGUGUCUCUUAAAAGCUGAUUAUGGUUUAGCACAAGCAACUGUUUGAUGUUUUGGUAGUGAACAAGAGCUAUUAGCUACACAAACACUUGCUGGCCUUCAAAAUAUCCUUCCAUAUAUCCUUUCUCUCCACAUUACUCAUGUGGGAAAGGUUGAGUGUUAAAUGUAGUUUGCAUUUGUUUGGAAUUAUUUGUUUUUUUAACAAGGUCAUCACAUCAUGGAUUUAUAUCAGUUUCACUUCAAAUGUGGUGUGACAUUUUCCAGCUUCCAACCCUCUGGUUACAGCUGCUGAAGCCUUUAAUUUGCAUGGGGGAGGGAGCGUUCCUUGGAGUUGCUUCAAGGCUUCACAAACUGUUGACAGAAGGCAGACAUGAAAUGCCUCACUGAACCAACUCCAGGCCCAAUAAAUGCAAACAAUUCAAAGCUAGAACUAUCUGGCAGCUGCAGCUGAUUUGAGAAUUUUUUUUGUUGUGCCAGGAAAAUCUUUUCCUUCAACAAGGUUGUCCCUGGAAUACAUUAGGAGCCACAAAACACUGAACAAUAUCCUCAGUAAAGAGAUUAUUUUCUUGUCUGUAUUAUCACUUAAGGUAAUUUGGAAAAUUCCUAUCAUUCAGGAAGGCUGAGGAAAGCCUGAGAUGCUAGUUUGGGUUUACUUGCCGGUCAUCACCUGAAGGUGUCUGUCUGAAUAGGUGAAGAUCUACAGCUACAGGUAAACAGGGAACUGCAUGGGGGAACAUGAACAUGAAAGCAGCAGGAGGAAAAGGGAAAAAAGCUGUGAUGUGCUCAGAAAGUAAAAACACCCAUUAAUCUCACUGGGACUAGGGAACAGCCGUAACAA